AUGGAAAGAGGAGAAGAACAAACCUGCAACAGCUUCAGAUCAUGGCAGGAAGAGAUUUACUGGACCCAUUUCCAGUUCAUCCACUUCACACAAUUUCUCAACAACCAUUUUCAACAACUUGAACUUCCCAAAACAUUUUCAAACAAUGUAAGGAAGAAGUUGCCAGAAAAUGUGUCCCUUAAAAGUCAUAGCGGAGUGGUGUGGAAUAUAGGGCUCAGAACUAGAGAUGAUUCUGUUUACUUCACCAACGGUUGGCAACAAUUUGUGAAAGAUCACUCUUUGAAGGAGAAUGAUUUCCUUGUCUUUAAGUACAAUGGUGUUCAAACUGCAACAGGACAAGGACAGAACACCAGCGGCUUCAAAUCAUGGCAGGAAGACAUUUACUGGACUCAUUUCCAGUUCAUCCGUUUCACCCGAUUUCUGAGCACCCAUUUUGAACAACAACUUGCACUUCCUAAAACAUUUUCAAACAAUGUAAAGAAGAAGUUGCCACAAAAUGUGACGAUCAAAGGUCCUAGUGGAGUUGUGUAUAAUGUAGGGCUGACAACUAGGGACGAUUCCUUGUUCUUCACCAACGGUUGGCAACAAUUCGUGAAAGACCACUCUUUGAAAGAGAAUGAUUUCCUUGUCUUUAAGUACAAUGGAAAAUCACACUUUGAGGUUUUAAUCUUUGAUGGAGAAAGCUUUUGUGAGAAAGCAACUUCUUAUUUUGUUGGAAAAUACAAACAUGCCGAAACUGAACAAGGGGGUGACAAGGCAAAGGAAACAGACAAUUAUGUUGAAGAAGUCAAUACUGUUUCUAAUGGUGGUGUUGAAUGUGGUUUGCGUGAGAAAUUUCGGCAUAUUAACAAUAUAGGAACACCAUUAGCCGCACCUUUUGAAACUCCCAAUGGAAAGACUUUUAAUGGUCGUGUUCAAUUUGCUUCACCUGAGCAGGUCAUGGCCGAUGCAGUCACUAAGACUGCCGCAUCAGUAGCGUUUCCCUCCCAACCAACCGGUAAACGGACCAAGAGGCCUGACAAUGAGGCUUCAGCUGUCCAGAAUAACCGGCAAGGAACAUCACCAAUAGCAGGUUGGAAAACUGACUUUUUUAGUAUGCUUAGUGCAAAACAUGGUGUCACUUGCCAUGAGACUUCUAAAGGUAUGCCAAUGAAUCCUAAAGUUAGCUCAAAACGCAAAAACAAAGUUGAUCUGUCGGAUAAAAAGUUGUCAAAGAUUGGCCAAGAAGCUGUUUUGUCUGACUUGAAGAAAUCUGGCGGAGCUUCAAAUACUUUGAAUAAGAUUGGUCAAAAAGCUGUUUUAUCCCCCGACUUGAUGAAAUCUGGUGGAGCUUCAAAUACUUUGAAGAAGAUUGGUCAAGAAGCUGUUUUAUCUCCCGACUUGAUGAAAUCUGGUGGAGCUUCAAAUACUUUGAACAAGAUUGGUCAAGAAGCUGUUUUAUUCUCAGACUUGACAAAAAUUGUUGGAGUUUCAAAUACUUUGAAGAAGAUUGGCCAAGAAGCUGUUUUAUCCACCGACUUGACGAAAUCUAGUGGAGUUUCAAAUACUUUGAACAAGAUUGGUCAAGAAGCUGUUUUAUCCACCAAAUUGAAGAAAACUGAUGGAGCUUCAAAUACUAUGAAGAUUGGGAUUUGCUCCAUGUCGAAAACUGCUCAUAAAAAGUUGGCUACACCGAAGAGACAUCGUGUUGAAGAUGAACUAAGCUCCCAGGCUAAAGCUGAUUUGAAAAUGUUGGCUUCACUCGAAAAACAAAAAACAGCCGAAGCUCUUAAUUCCCCAUUUCCUAAUUUUGUGACAAUCAUGAAGAAGUUAAAUGUCAGUGGAUCACGCACUUUGAGAAUCCCACAAGAGUUCGCUGCUGUACAUCUCCCUGACUGCAGAACAGAACUUACACUUCGUAAUUCAAGAGGCGAAUGUUGGACUGUGAACUCCAUCCCAGAUGCUAAAGGGGGAAAAGCUCACACCUUGUGUGGGGGGUGGAUGGCCUUUGUCCGUGAUAAUCACAUAAAUAUUGGUGACACGUGCGUUUUCGAGCUUGUUUCUCAUCUUGUCUUGCAGGUUCAUGUACGGGGUGUCGGAAAGGAAGGUCUUGACCAUCAAAAUGGGAAUGUGAAACCUAAUGAUGCUCCAUCUACCUGCUAA